GGGGCGGGGCUCUGCGAAAACCGGAAGUGGCUAGUGACCCGCACUAGGAGCGAUUCCGAUGACAGUCCACAACCUGUACUUGUUUGACCGGAAUGGAGUGUGUCUGCACUACAGCGAGUGGCACCGCAAGAAGCAAGCGGGGAUCCCCAAGGAGGAGGAGUAUAAGCUGAUGUACGGGAUGCUCUUCUCUAUCCGAUCAUUUGUCAGCAAGAUGUCCCCGCUGGACAUGAAGGACGGCUUCCUGGCCUUCCAAACUAGCCGUUACAAACUCCAUUACUACGAGACGCCCACUGGGAUCAAGGUUGUCAUGAAUACUGACUCGGGCGUGGGACCCAUCCGGGAUGUGCUGCACCACAUCUACAGUGCGCUGUACGUGGAACUGGUGGUGAAGAAUCCCCUGUGCCCUUUGGGCCAAACUGUGCAAAGUGAGCUCUUCCGCUCCCGACUGGACUCCUACGUCCGCUCUCUGCCCUUCUUCUCCGCCCGCGCUGGCUGAUGGAAGCACCUCCUCACCCUGAGGAGAAUCUGUGUCUGCCUGGGGACUUUCCUAAACUGUGCCACCUAAGGCCCCAUUGAAAGCCACCCCCACCCCCACCCUGGAACCCUCCAAGGUCUACAGCCUAAGCCUCUCGCUGGUGCCCUCCCCGCCACCAGAAGGACGCCCAUAGGAGCCCCUACACCUGCAAACCAGGCCCUCUCAGCUGGAGAGUUUUUAUCCCCUCCCUUCCAGACCCUGCCAGAGGCACAAAAUAAACUUUUUGUUACCCUCUGC